GUAGAUUCUGUUAGCUUGCUGGUCAGAAGGGACAAAAGACGGUAGAGCACCCGAUGACAGCUUUGGUAUUUACUGUUUCAGUGUGCAAAAGGCGAGAGUAUUCAUAAUUUGCUGAAGAUGGUCAAAUUGGGAACUAAUAUACAAGACAAAGGCACCAAGGCAGUCAGUGUGGAGGAUGGUUUUCAGAACGUUCCCCUCAUCACUCCACUGGACGUUAACCACCUCCAGUACGCUGCUCCGGACAAGGUUGUGGUAAAGACAAGAACCGAAUAUCAGACAGACCAGAAGAACAAAGGCAAACUGAAGGUGCCGAAGGUGGAGGAGUUCACCAUAAGCUUCAACGAUGGUGUGUCAGAGAGACUCAAGGUCACGAUUCUCAUAUUCCUUGCCUUGGCGUUCCUGGCCUGCAUAGUGUUCCUGGUGGUGUACAAGGCCUUUACCUAUGACCACAGCUGCCCGGAUGGCUUUGUGUAUAAGCACAAGCGCUGUAUUCCUGCGUCUCUUGAGGCCUACUACAAUGCCCAAGACUCCAACUCUCGGGGACGCUUCUACACUGUCAUCAGCCACUACAGCAUGGCCAAGCAGACCACCUCUCGCUCCGUCUCGCCUUGGCAGCCCGUGGGCGGAGCCCCGCACGACACCAAGCCCCCCAACCCCGAUGACCACUGAGUGUCCCUAAAACACCCUCUUUUUAACGGAAAACGGCAAAAAAACCCCGCCUUCGUGCCCUCUGAUACACCGAUUAACGAGAGGGCCUCUUCUCUGUCAUCCAGCCCGUUUGUUUUUAAUCUUUUUCAUUUCUCUGUUUCGUUCUUGUUAUUGCUGUUUUGUAUUUGAUAUUGAACCACUGAGCAUUUGUACAAAGGCAUGACUUAAUGUUAGUGAAAGUCUACACGUUGCAAAGGUUUUUUUUUUGAUACAGUGUUAGAGGGGUCCAUCUGGCAGUGCUGGCUUCUCUCAAAGUUUGAUGUUCCUUUCUGUACACAGUGAAUGGCAUGCAUUACUAAUUUAAGAAAAGAUACUAAAUUUGGAUUCCUCAUAACUCUGGUGCAAUUAGUUUGAAAUUGCUGUGAAUCUCUGUUCUACUGUAAAUGAAGAUUAUCUUUAUUGAAAA